AAAAAAAAGAAUGUAUACAGAGACACUCACUCGCGCACACACAGGAGGGUUGGUUUCACAUGUUAAUUACAAUGUGCUAGUCACACCUACAUUUGAAUCAUAUCUGUGUGUGUGUGUGUGUGUUUAUUUGGAGUCACCAGCCAAUAGUGAAAUGGUAACUGGUGGGAAGUCACUCAACUAAUAUUCUUUUCUUGUUUACAGUCACUAAAGUUAAUUUAUAGGAAAGUCACAACAAUAAGUUUAAGCUGUGAGCUGGAUCUAGAUGCAACGGACUAUCUAACGUUUUGACACUCAUUUUCUUUUUACAUUUGGGUAUUAUCUUAGAACACUUUCGUUUGUUAUUUGUCCUGACUAUAUUCCUCAAACAUGAUUGAUGACAGUUACGUGAGUGGAACUGUGGAAGAUUUAACAACUUUAUCCAAGUUGGACGAAAAUAUAUUACUGCAAGAAUUAAAAGCUCGCUAUGAGAAACAACUAAUUUAUACAUACAUUGGUGAUGUUCUCAUUGCCAUCAACCCAUUCUGUAAAACUGAACUAUACGACAAAGAUUUUGUCAAGAAAUAUUGCUUUGCCAAAAAGUCAGAAAAUCCUCCACAUAUCUUUGCAAUAGCUGAUACUGCCUACCAGAAUAUGGUUGCGAACAACUUAUGCUCAUCUGACAAGCAAUGCAUCCUUAUAAGCGGAGAAAGUGGUGCAGGCAAAACCGAAAGCACCAAACUAAUCAUAAAACAGUUGAUGACUUUGUGCAACAGUCGCAGCCAUUUGGAGCAGCAGAUCAUUCAGGUGAACCCUUUACUUGAAAGUUUUGGAAAUGCCCAAACCCUUAUGAAUGACAAUUCAAGCCGCUUUGGAAAAUAUAUUCAACUGAAAUUUAUUGAUGGACAAGUUAAAGGUGGAAAAAUUUCUGAAUAUUUACUUGAGAAAUCUCGAGUAGUUUUCCAGAACAAAGGAGAAUUGAAUUUUCAUAUAUUUUAUUACAUUUUUGCUGGUUUAUCAGAAGAAAAGAAAGAAAAAUUACUGCUCAAAAAUUGUGACUCAUUUAGGUAUGCAGAAAACUGUAUGGCAGUUGUUAAUGCUGACUUGGCAAACCAGAAAGAAAAAUACAGCCUUUUAUGUGAUGCAAUGGACUGGGUUGGUUUUACAGAUGAGGAACAAUUCAAUAUCUUCCGAGCCAUCUCCUCAGUUUUGUAUAUUGGAAACGUUACGUUUAAGGUCGAAGGAAGUGAAGACUUGACUGUUGUGGACAAUGAAAAUGUACUCAAGUCUAUUUCAACUUUGCUGGAAAUCAAUGCUGCGGAAUUGAAGAAGGCUUUAACUUCCAUGACAGUGACUGCAGCAAAUGAGAUUAUUGAGAGGAAUUACACGAUAGGAAAAGCAGAAGAUUCUCGUGAUGCAAUGGCAAAAGUGAUAUACAGUCGCUUGUUUAGCUGGAUCGUCUUCAAAGUCAAUACAUUAAUAAACUUAGAAGAUUCAACUGAAAAAGAUAUCAAAGAAAUUGGGAUUUUGGACAUAUUUGGUUUUGAGCACUUUGAAAAUAACAGCUUUGAGCAAGCAUGUAUCAAUUUAGCCAAUGAACAGUUACAGUUUUUCUUCAAUAAAUAUGUUUUCCAAUUAGAACAAGAAGAAUACAACAAGGAAGGGAUAGACUGGAAAGAGAUUAAGUUUGUUGACAACCAACCCUUACUGAAUUUGUUUAUGGAGAAACCUGGGCUUCUUUCCAUUUUGGAUGAUGAAACUCAGUUUCCUAAAGCAACAGAUGCUACAUAUGUUCAAAAACUGAAUAAAAGCUUCAAAAGCAAUGUUUACUUUGUGAUAAGCCAAGGAUUUACUGACAAACAGUUCACCAUCAAACAUUAUGCUGCACAGGUCACUUACAACAGUGAUAAUUGGCUAGAGAAGAACAGAGAUACACAACCUGCUGAAAUCUUAAACAUCUUGAGAAAUAGCAACAACACGUUAAUUAAAAUGCUGUUUUCAGGUCACAUAAAACGAACUGGAACUUUCGAUCCUCAAGAGUCUGCCAUGUUUACAAAAGAUCUGAAUUUAAAGGAGACUCACAAUUUGGAUAAAGCACGGAAGCUAACUGUUGGUGCUCAGUUCAAGAAUUCUUUGGUUGUUUUAAUGGAAAGGAUGAGUAUUUCUGUUCCAAUUUUCAUCCGAUGCUUGAAGCCAAAUCACAAGAGGAAACCAAACAUUUUUAAUGAGAAAUACAUUCUAACACAGUUACAAUAUACAGGAGUUCUGGAAACUACCAAAAUCCGGCGAGAUGGCUUUGCUGUGCGACCUACCUUCCCAGAAUUUGUUGGCAAAUACAGUAUACUGAUUGCUGAUUUGAGUCUGCCAAACACUAAAGCAAGCUGCCUGAAGAUAUUGAAAAAAUGUAAAAUAGAGGGUUUCCAAGUAGGAAAAACUCGAGUAUUCUUGAAAUAUGUACAUGUAGGACAGCUGGAUGAUGAAAUGAAUACUGUUAAUGCAGCUGCAAUCCAGGUACAACGAGUGGCUCGAGGUUUUGUGGCACGAAGACAAUAUAAGGAUCUCCAAGAAAAGAAGAGAAAGUACCAAAUGGAACUGGAUGCACUUGCUAAAUCAGUUACAGAUCAUGGGGAGAAUGUCUACGAAGAAGUACAAGCAAGCAACAAAUAUAACAAAUACGACAGAAAUAAUCAUCCAGAAAAAUACCAUGUAGUUGAAGCUGAGAAGCCAGCCAAGCCAGAGCCAUCGGAGGAAGACCUUAAGUCAAGCCGACGUGACGCUCACACCUCAUCUUUGAAAUCAGUUGAUUGGUUUGUCAAAACUCAGGUGGAUGAAGUGAAAAACACUUCAGGAGAUUUCGCAGCUUGGUUUCAUGGCAUUAUAAGUCGCAGAAAAGCAGAAGAACUAUUAGAGCAUUGUUGUCUUGGAGCUUUUCUCGUGAGAGUCAGUGAAAGUCGAUUUGGUUACUCCUUAUCAAUCAGAGAUAAAACUCAGUUCCGGCAUUAUAUGAUUGAUUAUCUACCCAAUGGAAAAUAUGUUGUUAUAGGAGAGCCAAAACCUCAUAGAACAUUGUAUGACUUAAUUAAGUAUCACCAAAAGAACAAAAUCUCCAACUGGGAUUAUUUGCUGACUGAACCUUGUAGAAGGGAGUUUCCUUGUUCAUCCUGUGAUGACAUCCUUUAUGACUAUGUUGGCUAUUUGGAAAUGGAGAAAUUGAAAGAAUCUGUAAAAGGUACUCCACCAAGGCUUCCAAACCGGAGAUAUAAGCCAAAACCAGUAGAAGCCGGAAAAGGGAAAGAUACUGCUUCCAGAAGGACAUCAAAGGACAGUUCACUGCAGACUUCAAAACUAGAAAAAUUGAAAAAGGGAUUUAGAGGACUCUUGGAAUAGAUUAAAUUUACUCACAAGUUAGUUUUGAGAGCAAGAACAAACUUCACCUGACCAUCAAUAAUCAAUAUGGAUGAUACAAAGAUAUUUUAAUUCCAUAUGACCUAAUUAAGUGUUGACAAAAUCAUGGCAUUUUACUUGAAACAAUAUUCUAUUCCACUAAUUCAGUUAUGUUAAUCAGAAGAGUGUGUGACAUUUUCCUUCAUUUUUAUCAAAUUUUAUUCAAUAAAAGUACAUUUAAUA